AUGCCUAUCGAUCACACCGGAAUCAGAGUCGCCGAGAGCGACAUGAAGACCGUCGUCGCCUGGUACGAAAAGGCCCUGAAGCCUCUUGGUUACGUUAAGAUGGCCGACUUUGGUGUUGCCGUUGGAUUCGGUGAGGAGGGAGGACAUCCCGAUUGGUGGAUCGGCAGCCGUGAGCAAGGCAACAAUGGAUCUCACACCGCGUUUGUCGCAAAGGAUCGCUCCGUCGUUGAUGAGUUCCACAAGGCUGCCCUCGCGGCCGGCGGUGAGGAUCUUGGCGCCCCUGGCCUCAGGCCUCAAUAUCAUGCCACGUACUAUGGGUCUUUCGUUAAGGACCCCGUGGGCAACAACAUCGAGGCUGUGUGCCACAAGCCGGAGUAA